CUGGGCCAGCAGGUGGAUUAAUUUCCAUCGAGAGGACCACUGAGUCUUCUUCUGGUCUGGCUCCAGCGGAGCCUCCACCGACACCAGAGCCCACAGUCAUGGCUGCACCAGAGGAAAAUUUGCUGUCUCUUGGGCGUCUGAACGGCUCAGAAAAAAACACUUUCACCAAAGAAAGACAAUUCUGUGGAAAUAAGAGUGUUAACAAGCCGGUAUUGUUGCAAGAUGACCCUUCAGCUCUUCACAGUCAGGAACAUCUAGUGAUGCACCUGCAGCAACGCUGGCAGGAGCUGAAGGAAAGAGAGUACACAGCGCAGCAACAAAACAGGCAGCUGCUGCAGCAGUUUGAGAGAGCCCAGGACACACUGAAAGAGAUGCUGGCCCGCAAUGCUGCCAUGAAAAUGAUUCGGAUGGAGUAUGAGAGAUACCUGGAGGAGAACUCCCCCCGCUGGCAGCAGCAACUUAAGGAGAAGAGACAGGCAGCUCAGAAGAAGAAAAUGGACGACUAUUUGAAGUCAUGUUUAAAGAACACGGACGUGAUGAAAUCUUCUGCAGGUCCACCCACGGAGCCACAAAAAACUGCUACACCUCAAGGUUACACUGACUACAACCAAGAUGGCUCCUCCCAUCUUCCCCACACACGGUCCUCCUGGUUGAGCCGCAGUCAAUCCCAGAUAGCCAGAUUUCCUACCAGAGUUCCACCCAUCAUUCCUCACCCAUAUCCGCUUUACUAUCCCGCCUCCGCACCCGGACAGUACCAUCAUCCCUGGCCAAGGCAAGAUCUACAAGGCAGGGCUUCCCUACAGCCUGACUACCCCUGGUACCUGCCUGCUGGUGCAACUGGAACUCCAUCAUACUCCGAGGCCCUGUGGGGCCAGCUUUAUAUGGAGGAGCCUUUACGUGACUCAAGGGUUUCGCAGACUGUAGGAGAGGAGGAUAAAAUGAGCAGAGUGCUGAGCUCACAGAGGGAGAGGAGUGUCAGAAGCAGCAGCAGUCGUUCGUCCCACGAGUUAGACGUUAAACCAGUCCGUCUGUCCAGCAGUCACAGUGAGAGCAGUGAGAGUGGCAGGGACUCCAGCAAAAAGGCGGGGAAGGAGGAGAAGGGAGGAAGAAAACAGCGUGUCUCUUCAGACAGAGAGAGAUGCAGCCCUCAGGAGUUAUCUGGGAAUUCGAGUGCCAUUUUCAGUCCCACAGUUGGAGUGGCCCAAAGUUCAGAAAGCAAUGACUCGUCAGAGAAAAGCCUGAGGAGCAGUAGCAGAAGGACAAAGAAAACUGGGGAUCUUUCUGUUCAAUCACCAGGAUCUCAGAAGGAGGCAGAGGAAAGGACUGUGAGUAAGGGAGGUGACUCCGAGAUUCAGGACACUGGUGAGGAGUCAGGAAGUUUGAGUGAGACAUACGAGGGUGAAAAAGCAGGGAAUCAAAAUCAUGAAGAGAAAACAAACAGAUGCAAAGAGUCAGGAUCCCAGAAGGAGAAGGAAUCAGAAAGUGACAGUGCAAAGAAUAAAAAUGAUGAUGCCGGUGAAGUAGAAGAGCAGGACAGUAGCAGCGCUGAGCAAAGCAGCACAGGAGAAAAAGUUAAAGAUAAGACAGAGGAAAACCUGGAAGCUGAAGAAGACGGUGAAGAAAAAGAGAAGAGUCAAAAAGAUAAAGAACAAGAUGACUACGAUAUCAAACAAGGUGAUGGUGCUUCUGCCAAGGACGCAACAGAGGAGGAAGCAGAGACAUCUACAGAUGAUGAAAUAGAGGAGCAGGGAGGUGAAGAACAGUCAAUCAGGCUGAAGAACGAAGGCACUGAGAACAGAAAACAGGGUGCUGCCUCCUCUCAGGACGAAGAGGAUGGAAGUGAAGGCAGUGAAGAAGAGGAUGAGGACUCGAAUCAACAGGAGGAUGACAAAAGUGAGGAAGAGGAACACGGGAGUGAGGAAGAUCAGAUAGAUUCAGACAACUGCAUCGUCACACCACAAGAAAAGAGAUCUACACAGAUUAUAACUGAUGAGGCAGCUCAGGAACAGGAAGAGGGUAAAACAGGAUCUGAUAAUGAUGACUCAAACGAAGUCAGUGAUGAAGAUGAUAUUGAGAACCUUCUUGCGCCUCAAGAAGAAACACAGGAAAAAGAAAAGUAUCUGAGAGCUGAAGAGAAGCCCAAAGCAAGUUUUCCCAACAUGGGAAUUUUUCAAGUGGAGCAUGACAAGUCGAAGACGGAGGACCCAAAUGACUCUGAUGAGUUCGAUCAUUUUUAUGACUAAAGGUACUGCUGUGCAAGUUAAAAGAGACAAAACUGUAUUUAAAAUUAAGUACUGCAGAGUAGUGUUUUACAAUAUUGUAUUAAAAACAGAAACAACAGGUUAUUUAAUAACUGUUUUAUUUUUUCUUGUUUUAAUUAAAGGCAUUUUUGAAUGUUACAAUCUUAAACUGGAAUACAGACAUUACUCAGACUUCCCUGCAAACAAAAUUAUUUUCAAUUUGAGCUACAAAAGCAACCGGAUUUUUCAGCGUGUUACUUCCUCCUGUUAGAGGCACAGGAACAUAAAAAAAACAUCUGAACAACAAUAAAACUCAAUUGGAAGAGACAAUGUUACAAAA